AUGGGAGCUCUGCUGCUGCCGCUCCGGCGCCGUCCCUGGACCUGCCGGACUUGCUUGCUGCAAGCCCGCCGCUCGCUCGAAACCGCAGCCUCCGCCGCCCAGCGCUCCGCCUUCGACUACUUCCCCUCCAAGAACGAUGCCCAAAAGCAGUCCGACGAUGACACGUUGCGCCGCGUCUUCGACUCCCAGCCCUUCUGGCGCGAGUUCAGCCAGCGCAGUGCCGCCCAGCUCAAGCCCACUGGCCUCGUCCAGAACCAGUACCUGACCAGUCCGGACGGUUUCCGUACCUUCGCGACCACCACGCUGCAGAAAUGCCAGGCCAUCGUCGCCAAGGUGCUGGCCGGUUCGACGCUGGAGGACCACCGGAACAUGGCCCGGGACCUCGACCGGCUUAGCGACCUGCUGUGUCGGGUUAUCGAUCUGUCCGACUUUAUCCGCGUCAUCCACCCCGAUCCGCGCGUGCAGGAGGCUGCGACGCAGGCGUACGCCCUCAUGUUCGAGUAUAUGAACGUCCUCAACACCACCACCGGUCUUAACGAUCAGCUGAAGAAGGCCGCCGCCAAUCCCGAGGUUACAGCCCGCUGGUCCGACGAGGAGAAGAUCGUCGCCCAGAUCUUGAUCAAGGACUUUUCCAACUCCGCCAUCCACAUGCCCCCCCAUGCGCGCCAGCGAUUUGUCAACCUUUCCAAUGACAUCAGCCACCUAGGCAACAACUUUGUCAACGGGGCCGAGCCGGCCAAGUCGCACGUGGUCGUGAGCGCCAACAGCCUGCGCGGGCUCGAUCCCAUGCUUGUGCAGCAGAUCAAGCGGUGGAACCGGACAGCGUCCGUGCCUACCAUGGGCCUGAUUCCGCGCCUGGCGCUGCGGUCCGUUCACGACGAGUCCGUGCGGCGGGACGUCUACCUGGCCACCCGGACAUCCAGCUCGCGCCAGGUUCAGCGGUUGGAGCAGCUGCUGGCCAAGCGCGCCGAGCUGGCUCAGCUGUCAGGCUAUGAGAGCUUCGCGCACAUGACGCUGAGCGACAAGAUGGCCAAGACUCCCGAGGCGGUAUCUAACUUCCUGACGUCGCUGGUUGGCAGUAACCGGCCGUACGUGCAGGAGGAGCUGGCGCAGCUGCAGAGCAUGAAGGGCUCUGUGGGCCGGCUGCAACCGUGGGAUCACGCCUACUAUGUCCACCAACGGGUCAUGCAGUACUCGCAGUCGCGCCGGUCGCGGGAGCUGAGCGCCGUGCCCGAGUUCUUCUCCCUGGGCACGGUCAUGCAGGGUCUGUCGCGGCUGUUUGACCGACUGUACGGGGUGCGGCUGGUGCCGCAAGAGACGGCGGCGGGCGAGACGUGGAACGCGGACGUGCGCCGAUUGGACGUGGUAGACGAGGCGGACCGGCAUAUUGCUGUCAUCUACUGCGACCUGUUUUCGCGCCCCAACAAGCACCCGAACCCGGCCCACUACACACUCCGAUGCGCGCGUGAGAUCUCAGCCGAGGAGGUGGCUGAGUGUGCCACCACCUUGGAUGCGUCGGCACACCCCAACGACGGCAUGGCGACGGCCAUCGACCGGACCUCCAAGACCCUGCGCCAACUGCCGACGAUCGCACUGGUGUGCGACUUUCCCGAGCCGCCGGCAACGGGGGCGGGACGCCCGUCCCUGCUGAGCGAGCACAGUGUGCGCACGCUGUUCCACGAAAUGGGCCAUGCGUUGCACUCGAUCCUCGGACAGACUCGGCUGCAGUCCAUCUCGGGCACGCGGUGUGCGACUGACUUUGCGGAACUGCCGUCAGUGCUGAUGGAGCGAUUCGCGACGGCGCCCGAGGUGCUGGCGCUGUAUGCCCGUCACUGGCAGACGGACGCUCCGCUGUCGGAGAGCAUGAUGCGCAGCAUGGAGCAGGAUCGCACCGCGCACGGAUCGAUCUACGGGGCGAUGGAGAACGAGUCGCAGAUCCUGAUGGCGCUGGUGGACCAGGCAUACCACUCGCUGCCGGCAGAGAAGGCAGCCAUCGAUAGCACAGCGCUCUACCACCAGGUAUCGUCGGCACACUCGACGCUGCCAGACCCGGCAGACAGCAAGCCGCCAACCUCCUGGCAGGGGUUCUUCGGACAUCUGCACGGGUACGGGGCGACGUACUACAGCUACAUCUUCGACCGGGCGAUCGCCAACAAGCUCUGGGAGGACGUAUUCCAGAGCGGAGCGGCGGCGGUGGACCGGCGGGCGGGCGAGCGGUACAAGAACGAGGUGCUCCGCUGGGGCGGCGGGCGCAACGGCUGGGGCUGCGUCGCGGGCGUCCUGGGCAGCGCCAACCCGGCCAACGCCGACGGCCGACUGGUCGAGGGCGGCGACGAGGCCAUGCGCGAGGUCGGACGCUGGGGAUUGGGACGGGAUGGAGGGUCGGAGUGA